UCGUUUUCCGACUAUAUUCCUGAUAAUCAUGAUUAUCAGGCAUCCAAAAAUUUCUCUAUAGAAACGCCCCCUAAAGAAAGGAUUACAAGCCCAGUAAGGUUGAACCUGCUCAUGAAGAAAAACUUGUUUUUAUCGGGCCGGGCCGAAUUAUGCCCCAAACUAAAAUAAUUAUUAGGAGAAGAAAAAAAGAAAAGAAAAUGGAAGAAGAAUCGGGGUUUAUCUUAUCCACUUAAUUCUGGAGUGAAGAAGAAACAAUGUAACAGACACGUGUCCAGCGGUGGGGAUUCAGCUGUCAGUGCUCAUUCUAUUUCCCCGAAACAGAAAUCUCAUGUCUGGUGCCAAGUUGAUUACCACAUCGGCGCCGCCCAUGGAUCAGCCGAAGCACGUGGUGGUUUGCGGCGGCGGAGUCGUAGGCGUGUGCACCGCUUACUUUCUAGCCAAGAAGGGCGCCGCCGUCACACUCAUAGAGAAGUCCGACGUGGCAUGCGCCGCUUCCGGAAAAGCCGGCGGAUUCCUCGCCCUAGAUUGGUGCGACGGAGGCCCGGUGGAAGCGCUGGCUCGCGCGAGCUUCAAUCUCCAUCGUUCGCUUUCCCAAGAGCUGGACGGUCCUCGAUCCUACGGUUACAGACCCCUCACCACUCUCAGCCUCACCGUUACCGAAUCCGACAGCCCCGUUGCCGCCUCCAGUGGCGGCGGUUCCUUGCCGUCUUGGGUUGACGGGCCAGCUCGAAGUCCAAGAACGACUGGGACCCUUGAAACAACGGCGCAGGUGCACCCGCAACUAUUCACUCGCACGCUUAUUGGGAGAGCCGUGGAGAGCCAUGGGGUGGAGGUGGUGAUUGGGAAAUUGGAGCGGUUGGAGGUGGAAGGAGGACGAGUUGGAUCGGUGGUGCUUGAAGGAGGACGAGUUAUUGACUCGGAUGCGGUGGUGUUGGCAUUGGGCCCUUGGUCUGGUAAGUUGGAGCUGUUGUCAUCGCUGUUUAGAGUUUAUGGGCUUAAGGCCCAUAGCAUAGUUUUGGAGCCCAGAGAGCCCAAUGCUAUAACUCCCCAUGCACUCUUUCUCAGCUACUAUCCCUCCAAACGUGCAACGCCUCUUGACCCAGAAGUGUACCCUCGCCCCACAGGGGAGGUGUAUGUAUGUGGGAUGUCAAGGGAGGAAGAGGUGCCUGAUGAUCCUGAGGAGAUAAGGGGUAACCCCGAAUCGAUUGAGAUGCUGAAGAGGGUGGCUAAGACGGUGUCAAGUCAUCUUGGGGAAGGAGUGGCACGAGUGAAGGCUGAGCAAGCUUGCUUUUUGCCAUGUACUGAUGAUGGCGUGCCAAUCAUUGGAGAGGUUCCGGGGGUUAAGGGGUGUUAUGUGGCAACAGGGCACAGUUGCUGGGGUAUUCUCAAUGGUCCUGCCACUGGUGCUGCCAUGGCCGAGCUUGUCAUUGAUGGCCAUUCCACUAUUGUUGAUCUUAAGCAGUUUAGUCCUGCUAGAUUUGUCAAGUCUUAGACACCAUUACAUUACAUGCCAUGUAAAAACGAGACACAGAAGAGGAAUAAUUGCUAAAUAGAGCGAUAUGUUGUGAGGUGUGUCAUGACCUAUGUUGCUUUUUAACGUCGAAUGCUGUUUUUUAACUAUGUGACCAGUAGGAAUUGUUCAGUAACAAUCCAAAAUCUUAACCUAACCUUCAAUCCAAAAUCUUAACAUAACCUUCAAUCCAAAAGGUUUGGUUAGGUUGAUGAUUUUCACAGGACCUUGCACAUUUGCAUUCCAUCAUUUUUAUGAUCAGAUUUGUAAUUUGCAACAGCGCAAUUUAUAUCAUCACAGUUAUUC